AUGGCCGACUCCGCCGCAUCCACCCCCGAGGGCGAGCUCAGCGACACUCCCUUCGACAGCCCUUCCCCGUCCUCUCCUCCCUUCCCCUCGAGCCCCUCCGCCACGUCCCCCUUGUCGCUCAAUGUCGAGCGCCCCACCGCACGCACGAGCGUCACGACUGGUGCCACUGCCAACAUGACGCCGUCGUCGACUCCCUUGGGCAAUAUCAAUGCUGCCCGGAAUCCUGGUGGAGGCUUUCGCCAGGCUCCUCCCACGAUGGCCAGCAGAGCCAGCGGCCUCAACGUUAACGCAGAUAUCCUGAAGAGACUAGAGGCGGUGCGUCUGGGUCGACAGGGUGCCCCACCGGCUGGCGCCGCGAACCUGCCACAGAGCCCUGGACCAGUGCCAAACAACAUGUCCCCUAAGGGUCCUAUGGCGGGCGGUGUACCCACUGGCUUCGCGGGUGUUGUGCCCCCCAAUUUUGCCGGACGUUUACCUGGAGGCAAGCCGCCUAUGCCUAGUUUCGCUUCCGCACCUGCGGUUACGACCCGUGCUGGCGGCCCACAACCUAAGCUGUCAAUGGCCGAGAGACGCGGUGCACCAAAGCUGGGUGGUCUGCCCGGAGCAGCACCUGCCGGAGGUGCCCCUGCUGGGAAGAAGCGACCGGGCCUGACCCUCUCACAAAUGAACGGCGGCGCGCCGGACGCAGAGCCUAAGAAACAAGAAACCGCGUUGGAUAAGUACUCGGAUUUCAUCGACACCAAGACUGGUAGCCUUAAGUUCGCAGGCAAGGCUGUCCUGAACCCCGACGGCGUCCAGUUCGCGAACGGUACAUCCUUCAAUAUCUCGCUAGACGAAGUCGAUACGCUGGACGAGCUCGGUAAGGGAAACUAUGGCACUGUGUACAAAGUGCGGCAUUCAAGACCGCGCAUGAGGAAGGUCGGCCAAGGUCUCGCAGGAAACAAGGCGGCGCCGGGCUCACCGUCACGGAAGGACUUCAGCGAGGAACCCAACCCAACGACCGCGAAACCAUUAGGAGGUACGGGUAUUAUCAUGGCCAUGAAAGAGGUCAGGCUGGAACUUGAUGAUUCGAAAUUCGCUGCCAUCAUUAUGGAGUUGGAUGUCCUCCACCGUUGCGUAUCGUCCUACAUUGUUGAUUUCUAUGGUGCCUUCUUCCAAGAAGGUGCUGUGUACAUCUGCAUGGAAUUCAUGGAUGGUGGUUCGAUAGACAAACUCUAUGGUGACGGCGUCCCGGAGAAUGUACUGCGUAAGAUCACGCUGGCAACGACUAUGGGAUUGAAGUCUUUGAAGGACGAGCACAACAUCAUCCACCGCGACGUCAAACCCACGAAUAUCCUCAUGAACACAAGGGGACAGAUCAAAAUUUGCGACUUUGGUGUCAGUGGUAAUCUGGUAGCAAGUAUCGCCAAGACCAAUAUUGGUUGUCAGAGCUACAUGGCCCCGGAGCGAAUCUCAUCAGGAGGUGUCGCUCAGGCAGGUGCCAACCCAGGGGGUGGCACCUACAGCGUCCAGAGUGAUAUCUGGAGUUUAGGUCUGACCAUCAUCGAGUGCGCGCUCGGUCGCUACCCCUACCCACCUGAGACGUACAAUAACAUCUUCAGUCAGCUCAGUGCGAUUGUAGAUGGAGAGCCCCCGGAUCUCCCGGAAGAGGGUUAUAGUGAAGCCGCACGCAACUUUGUUCGCGGGUGUCUCAACAAGAUCCCCAAGCUGCGGCCUACCUAUGCCAUGCUUCUCAACCACGCAUGGCUUGCACCCAUGGUGAAACCCGAGACCAUCACCGAAGAAGACGAGGACGAGGUUGCAGCAGCAGAGGCGGCAGAGAUCGGUGUGGCCGCCGGUGAUCAAGGCCCUGCUGAGCCCAGUAACGAUGUUGUUGAUAAAGAGGUCGCAGAUUGGGUGAAAGAUGCGAUCGACAAGCGCAAGAGAGGAGUUCUUGGAAAGGCCCCCAAGCCUGCGCUACACGCUGCGCCGCUGGACGCCGUGUCGAGUCCUUCACAGGAUGGCGCAAAUGGUUUGGAUGCCGCAGGUGCACCUGAGGCCGCAACAACCACCUGA